UUGCCCACAACAAAGAUGGCGUCCCAACGUGCGCGCUGACGCAGGGUGAAGGGGCGGAGUCGGCGGACGUUUCGGCGGGAAGCAGCAAUGGCGGACGUUGCCAUGGAAGCGCCUGGGCCUGAGAAGCCCCCGAAAGGCCAUUACGAGCUGCCCUGGGUUGAAAAGUACAGGCCUCUGAAGCUUUCAGAAAUCGUUGGGAAUGAAGACACUGUCAGCAGACUGGAGGUCUUUGCAAGGGAAGGAAAUGUCCCCAAUAUUAUCAUCGCAGGUCCUCCCGGAACAGGAAAAACCACUAGCAUCCUCUGCUUGGCCCGAGCCCUUCUGGGUCCCGCCUUGAAGGACGCUGUUCUGGAGCUGAAUGCCUCAAACGACAGAGGUAUUGAUGUUGUGAGGAACAAAAUCAAGAUGUUUGCUCAGCAGAAGGUCACCCUUCCAAAAGGCCGGCAUAAGAUCAUCAUCUUGGAUGAAGCAGACAGCAUGACAGACGGAGCCCAGCAAGCCCUGAGACGCACCAUGGAGAUCUACUCCAAAACGACGCGCUUUGCUCUUGCUUGCAAUGCCUCCGACAAAAUCAUAGAGCCCAUCCAGUCCCGUUGUGCCGUGCUCCGCUACUCCAAGUUGACGGACGGCCAGGUGCUGGCGAGGCUCAUGAAAAUCGUCGAGAAGGAGAACGUGCAGUACACUGAUGACGGCCUGGAAGCCAUCAUCUUCACCGCCCAAGGGGACAUGAGGCAGGCGUUGAACAACUUGCAGUCCACCCAUUCCGGCUUUGGAUUUGUAAACAGUGAGAACGUCUUCAAGGUGUGUGAUGAGCCCCAUCCGUUGCUGGUGAAGGAGAUGCUUGGGCACUGCGUCAGUGCAAAUAUCGACGAAGCGUACAAAAUCCUGGCCCAUUUAUGGAAGCUGGGCUACUCCCCCGAAGACAUCAUUGGCAACAUUUUCAGGGUGUGCAAAACCUUCCAGAUGGCUGAGUAUCUGAAGCUGGAAUUCAUUAAGGAGAUUGGCUACACUCACAUGAAGAUUGCAGAAGGGGUGAAUUCGCUCCUGCAAAUGGCGGGACUCCUUGCCCGGCUCUGCCAAAAGACUGCAGCCCCAAGUGCAAGCUGAGCGGCAGAAGGCUGCCCCGGGUGUGGGAAGGGAUGCUGUGGGAUCCAACUCCCGGGAUAUGCUUUGGGUGGGCGAGACGGCUGCCGGAACCUGUCUCACGUUCUGCCGCAUCGGUAGAUUUUAUAAUCCCUCCCCCCCCCCCAAAAAUAAAGUGUGAUACAAAUAA